CAGCCAACCGGCGCGGCUGCUUCCGCUCCGCCCUGACAACUGCGCUGGCUCCGGCAGCGCCUGGGUGGGCUCCGGCGGGUCUGGAGGCGGCGGACAGCGAUGCUGAAGGCUAAGAUCCUCUUCGUGGGGCCUUGCGAGAGUGGAAAAACUGUUUUGGCCAACUUCCUGACAGAAUCUUCUGACAUCACCGAGUACAACCCAACCCAAGGAGUGAGGAUCCUGGAGUUUGAGAACCCACACAUUACCAGCAACAACAAAGGCACGGGGUGUGAAUUUGAACUCUGGGAUUGUGGCGGUGAUCCAAAGUUUGAGUCUUGCUGGCCAGCCCUGAUGAAGGACUCUCACGGGGUGGUGAUCGUUUUCAAUGCUGACAUCCCCAGCCACCUGAAGGAAAUUGAGAUGUGGUAUUCCUGCUUCGUGCAGCAGCAGUUUUUACAGGAUACUCAGUGUCUGUUAAUUGCACACCACAAACCAGGCUCUGGAAGUGACAAAGGAAACCUGGCUUUGGCACCACCCUUGAAGAAGCUGAAGCUGGUACACUCGAAUCUUGAGGAUGACCCAGAAGAGAUCAGAAUGGAAUUCAUAAAGUAUUUAAGAAGCAUAAUCAACUCAGUAUCUGAGAGCAGAGACCGGGAGGAGAUGUCAAUUAUCACCUAACCAGCCUUCAUCUGGACGCUGCAUCUGGAUGCUUCCACAUCCCAAAUGAAGUCAAUUUCAGUGCAGAGCUGAAAUCCAUCCACCUACUAAGGUUCUCAUCUGUCUUUGGCUGUAGAAGACAUUUUCCUUAUUUGCCUGAAGGUACCAGUCAGUCAGCCAGGGAGUAAACUCGUACCAUCUAUUCUCUGUCCUUAGUUCAGCUGAGAAAAUCCUAUUACUGAAUUCAGAUUCCUUUGCCCCAGAUCUCUCCAAAGAGCUGGAAAACUGAGGUGGUUUUUUUUUCUCCUUCACAUAUGUCAUGUUAUAAAAGUUAUGGAAUUGUAACUUGUCAUAGCCCAGUGAUACAACAGUAGUUCAAUCCACAUGGAUUGGUUUAAAUGUGAUUUUCAAUCCUUAAUCUGUACAGUUUGCCUAGGAUAUAUCUGAAAAAUAUUAGCACUUAACCUCUCCAA